ACUUCAUAUAUUUUUGUAGAAAAUGGCAAAUGAAAGUAUAGACAUGGAAAAAGAGAGACUAACAGCUGAGAUGAAUUUCAAAGAUUCAUCUUCAGUUGUUAUUAAAAUCCGGCAAAAAUUGCCGGAUUUUUUACAAUCUGUUAAGCUCAAAUAUGUGAAACUUGGUUAUGGUUAUUCUUGUAACCCUCUCACACUUCUUCUUUUUGCUACAAUUUUUCCUAUAGUUACCUUCACUCUUAUUCAACUAUUAACGGGUCUAAAAUUAGACCGGUUUUAUGAUACAUUGACAAGUGAUCCAACUUUACUUAUAAUUAACACUUCAACCGGUCUAACCGGUUUGAUAGUGCUAUUUUUUGUACUAGGGGUGUAUUAUGUAAAAAAACCUAGACCGGUUUAUUUGGUUGAUUUUGCAUGUUACAAACCCGAAGAUGAACGAAAAAUAUCUGUCGAUUCGUUCUUGAAUAUGACAGAAGGAAAUGGUGCGUUUGAAGACGAAACUAUAGUAUUUCAAAAAAAGAUAUCUCAUCGUUCUGGUUUAGGUGACGAGACAUAUUUGCCUAAAGGAAUCACAUCCAUCCCACCAAACCUCAAUAUGAAAGAGGCACGUGCUGAGGCGGAGGCGGUUAUGUUUGGUGCAUUGGAUUCAUUAUUUAGUAAAACACAAAUCAAGCCAGAGGAAAUUGGAAUUCUUAUAGUGAAUUGUAGUUUGUUUAAUCCAACGCCUUCGCUUUCGUCAAUGAUUGUCAAUCAUUACAAGCUCAAAACUGACAUCAAAAGUUAUAAUUUAGGUGGAAUGGGAUGUGGUGCUGGCUUAAUUUCAAUUGAUUUAGCCAAACAACUAUUAAAAGCAAAUCAAAAUUCAUAUGCUGUGGUAGUUAGCAUGGAAAACAUUACAUUAAAUUGGUAUUUUGGAAAUGAUAGAUCAAUGUUGCUAUGCAAUUGUAUAUUUCGUAUGGGAGGAGCAGCCAUGCUUUUGUCUAACAAGUCGAAAGAUCGAACCCGGUCUAAAUAUGAGUUGGUUCACACGGUUCGAACCCAUAAAGGAGCAGAUGACAAUAGCUACAAUUGUGUGUACCAAAGAGAAGAUGAUAAGGGUGUCGUAGGGGUGUCACUAGCUCGUGAACUUAUGGCCGUAGCUGGUGAUGCUCUCAAAACGAACAUCACCACCCUAGGACCAUCCGUGUUACCUCUUACUGAGCAAUUCAGGUUUUUCAUGACAUUGGUGAAGAGGAAACUCUUGAAAGCUAAAGUGAAACCCUACAUACCGGAUUUCAAGCUAGCAUUCGAGCAUUUCUGCAUACACGCGGGAGGAAGGGCAGUGUUAGAUGAAAUACAAAACAACUUAAGCCUAAGUGAUUGGCAUAUGGAGCCAUCAAGAAUGACACUCCACAGGUUUGGUAACACGUCGAGUAGUUCGUUAUGGUACGAGUUAGCUUACACAGAAUCAAAAGGAAGGGUGAAGAAAGGAGAUAGAGUGUGGCAAAUUGCAUUUGGUUCAGGUUUCAAAUGUAAUAGUGCAGUUUGGAAAUCACUAAGGGUUAUUGAUAGUAAUGAAGUGAAUGCAAAUGGAAACCCUUGGGCUGAUUGCAUUCAACGUUACCCUGUGAAAGUUGCCCUUGCCAAACAAUAGAGGCUUAGACGAUACUC